ACAGCAUGGCUACUGGUAUGUAAAAGUAUAGUGGAUUGGCCAUAUUUGUUACAUCUUUGCGCUGAAAAUAUGGGAUUAUAAGCAAUAAAACAUGUUGAUAAUAUGCUGACGUCACUUUGAGGAUGAUAGGCCUAACACCAGGACCCAAGAAUCUCUAGAAAAUCAUUGAAGAUGAACGAAAAGACUCAAUCCGCUGAUCCCAAGGGCAGAGGAAAUGACGUGAAAACAUCACAAGAAGCAGGAGCAGCUCAAGAAACGGACGCUAUAGCGAUGAAGGGCUACUCGAGGAAACCCGUCAAAGUCAAGUUUCCUAAAUGUUGGGAGUUCAUGACUCAGAAUCAGAGAAGAGAAAAUGUCAUCGAUAAAUACUCCAUCUAUGGCAGUGACUCACCAAACUCCACCGGACUUCCGAUCCCUGGUCAAAGAUCAGCUAUGGUUCAGGAAUUAUCGGACAUAGGAUGGCGGGAAGAAAGAGGAUACAUUAAGAAAGUAACAGGUUUCCCUCCCAGCGCCUGUAUAAAUGGAAUAAGGAACGAAACAAAACGAAGAGUUCGCCAUCUCUCACCCAUCCGGCUGCCAACCGCCAACACGAUAUGCGACGAAUACAACUGGAUGCACAACGGAGUUCAUGGCAAGAUGCUUCUAUCAAAUAAGAAAUACAGGCAUAUUUUGCGAUCAGAUCUCGCCGAAACCCAUGAACCAAAACAAAAACUUCAUUACUGUGAAGUGCUGGGCCAAAGGGUAUGUGCAGAUUGUAUUGAGCACACAAACAGAACUAUGGCAAUCGAGUAUCAGCAUGAAGCAUUUCCUGAAAUUGAAGUGACGGCAUCCCGACUGAUAGCGCCGAAACUUUCCAAACUUCUUGCAGAUCGGUUAAAGUCAGCUGUGCCCUUACCAGAGUCUGAGCAACAAGCACAUGAGUCUGGGUUGCUAGGCAACGCUCAGAGCCCACCACCUUACAGGCAACCAUCAGCGUUACGUAAUCAACGUCAUGUGACCAUUUACAGCGACGCCAUGAUUAAUUCACUCCAUCAGACUUUGAAACGCGACAGAAGGAUGACGGCAGAGACUCUUCACGACGUCAGAGAAUUAAGACUCAAGAGAGGAAAGCGCGCCACUAUGCGACAGCUGCCACUUGAAAAACUAAAUGAAGCCAACGGUAGUGUAGCGGCAUAAACCACAAGUGGGCUGAAAGUGAAGACUAUAUAUUUAACCUUCAUUAAUUCAUGUUCUGUUUCCCAAAUAAGGUAAAGUCAUUGCCAGUUGGUCACUGGGUAUGUUUUCUGGCCUAGUAACAAGGUUGUUUAUGAUAAUGUCAAUUCUGGUUGGUCAGCCACACCCUGGUCAGACCAAGGGUGCAGCAUAGUAACAAUGAACCCAUUGGUCAAGACUUAGGCUGAUAUGCAAAUUAGCCUAAGCAUCUCAGAAGGGUGAUAAGCCCUUUGCAUCUUCCACCUCAGAAGGAAGAAAAGUUUCAUUGCAACAAGUUGUGCCGUUAUACAUUCGAUCAAAAGUUACUGAUAUUGUGAAACCAGGAGGUCAAACAAUUGGUAAGUUCUCAUAUCUGAUAUAUAGAAUAUUGUUAUGUUUACUAUAUUAAUAUUAUACAAGUUAUGUCAAGUUUGUACUGUAUAUAUAUAUUUCAAGUUUCAGAGGGAUAAGUUUAUCUUUGUACUGAGUCUCUCACUCUCUCUUUCUCUUUCUCUCUCUCUCUCUCUCUCUCUACCUCUCAUUCUUUCUUUGCUACGUCAUACCAGAAGUUGUAUAUGAAGUUUAUUGUUGAGAAUAUUUCAGUGGGUAACAAGUAAUAUUUGAGUAUUCAUUUAUGUAUUUUUGGCACUACACUGGUUAGAAGUAUACUGUAUGGAAGAAGAGGGUAUGUGUAAUCCUCACUGAGAGUAUACAAGCUGUACAGCUAAUAAGCAAACAAAGGUGCUUUGUUGAGUGAUGGUUUCAAUGCCACUGUUACUGAGAGUUAUUAAUGUGUAUAGGCCCAUGGUCAAUGCUAUCCCAAAGGAGAUAGUCUUGUUUAUGGCACAGCUUGAGUAGAGGUGUUCAGACGGGUUAUUAGUUAUACAGAAUUAAGUUUAUUCUUUUAGCAUUAGUUAUGAUUUAUUGCUAUUGACUUUCAUGUUAUUAUGUAUAUAUCUAUACCUUCUGUUUUUUACUAGUUUUAUUAUAACAAUUAGAUGAAUACCGACAUGGUUAUAAGAUGAUAAUAAUCUCUUUAUCCAUCAGAAUAUUAUGAUCAUUCUUUCAUGUAAAUUUCUCUAUGUUGACGACAUACUAAUUUACAAUUACACUUUCAUUUUUAUUGCAGCGAACCACCAAUUGCUCGCUCACUCACGUUUGUCAAUCACUUCAAGUUAUUUAUCGUUCUGUUCUACUUCGCCAUUUUUUAUGUUUCAUCGAUCAUUUAAUUUCGCGUUGUGUGAACACGCCGUUAUUUCGUCCGCCAAGUUUACUGUUAUUAUUAAAUGGAUGUCUUAACCUACAUGACUGUGUGAUUGGACAUUUAUCUUUGGAGUGUGCUGGUGCGUUCGGAUAUUGACUAUCCACGAGCCUAAGUUAAUCCUUAGCUGUAGCUUAACCGUGCAAGAAGCUACAUAAGUUCGCAAUUGGGUUUUUAUGAAUUCGUGAUUCUUCUCUAAACUUCACGAUCGCGGUGGAAGACUGGAUAAAGUUCACAAUAGCUUUAAUUGGAACGUUGAUCAUAUCAUCAUGUCAAGUAACGGUGCUAACGAAGGAAAGCCCCAGUUAAUGCAGUCAUGUCGGGCUUAUGCUGGGAGCCUUACAAAGAAAUAUAAAGAACUGGAGGUGCUGAUGUUAGAUCCAGAAAACCUCGACAAAGUCACCGGAAAGGCCGACCAGUUAGAUGGUGUAUUCAUUAAAUAUACAGAACGCUUUGGUGAAUACCACAAGAUGCUAACUGGGGAAGAGGCUGAUAAGGUACUGGAGGACUUUGACGCAAAGCGAACUAACAAGGAAGAAUUUGAUGAGCGAUUAUCAGUCUGGAUGAAGGAGGCCAAGGAGCAUUGCCGGAUGAUUGCCGAACCCACAAAGGAGGAUGACGACUGCAUGUCGCUAAGGUCUUCAGGGAGCAACCAGUCUGUCCGGACAACAAGCUCAACAACUUCAUCGAGGCUGAGGGAAGCGAGGAUCAAAGCCGAGGUCGCUAAGUUGAAAUUAGAACAGAUAAAGGAAACUCAACGCCUAAAAAUGGAACAGUUAAAACUCGAACAACAAAUUGCGAAUGUUGAGGCAGUGCAUGGGGUUCAAGAGGCUGAGAUUGAAUGUAAGUUAUUGCUAGAAGACGAAGAGGGAGGAAAUUAUGUCGCUGGUGAGGUAAGUGCCUCGAAGAUCAGAUUAAACCCUGAUGUUCCCCCAUGGACUGGUAGUAUACGUAAUGAUGUAAUGAUGCAUGUACCUCCUAAAAGUAAUUUAGAGGUAAAAGAUAUAUUCAGUGUUGUCGAUCUGGCAAUGAAUAUGCCCAAACCAGAGUUAGAUUCAUUCAGUGGAAACCCUUUGGAAUACUGGUCUUUUAUUAAUAAAUUUGAGGCUGUCAUAGGGAACAAGAACGUAGACGAUAGAAGUAAAUUAAUGUAUCUAAUUCAGUAUUGUUCUGGUAAGGCUAAGGAAAGUAUAGAAAACUGUUUACUUCUAGAUGCAGGUACCGGGUACAAUAAAGCAAAGGAGAUUCUGUCCGAACAAUUUGGGCAGUCCUUCCUUGUGACCACUGCUCACAUCAACAAGGUUCUUAACCGCCAACCAAUUCGUCCGAAUGAUGGGGCUGCGCUCUGGGACAUGGCAAGAGACAUGAGGAGGUGUGAGAUCGUGCUUUCUCAGAUGGGUUACAGUGCCGACAUGAACUCGUCGGAUAAUCUGCUGAAGAUACAGCAACUGAUGCCGAUUCACAUGCAAUCGGAGUGGGCUAAAAGAGCUCACAACAUGAUGAGAAACCGGAUUGCUCCCAACUUUAGCAUGAUGGUGGAGUUUGUUGAGCAAGGUGCUCAGCUCUCCAGCAACAUGUUUGGGAGAAAUAUUGGGAAAGCAAAACCAGCUUCCCCAAAGACUACAGGUAAGUCCAAUGCUCCUAAACGUGUUUUCUCCACACAGGCUGUUGGAUCUACCCAAGCAGCAGAGCAGACCAGCAAGAAGCCUGGACUAAAGACCUGCCCAUGCUGCUCAGGUAGUCACCAUCUUGGGGCUUGCAAGACCUUUCAGCAGAAGACACGGGAUGAAAGGCUCAAGGUGGUGAGACAAGCUCGCAUAUGUGAUAACUGCUUUGAGCAGUCACAUAUUGCGAGAAACUGUUCAAAGAAAUCGAAUUGUGAGGUCAGUGGGUGCAAGUGGAAGCAUCAUACCCUCCUUCACUUGCACCAAAGUAAGAACGAAAGCAGUGAAGGUCAGGUCCAGAAAGGAUCUACCUCAACAACUGCUGCUACUUCUGUAACUGGGGCCGGCAAGGCUAAGGCUGAUGCCAACGACGAAGACAUACCUGCAGGCAACUGCAACAGCACUAUGACCACCAAUCAUAGGGUAUGCCUUCGAGUGGUGCCAGUGAUAAUACAAGGGCAACACAAAGAGAUACAAACCUUGGCGUUACUUGAUCAGGCAAGCGAUGUAUCUCUAUGUGAUGAAAGUCUUGUCCAUGAACUUGGUAUUACUGGCAAACGAAGGGAUUUUCAUCUGACGACAGUCAAUGAAAAGAACACCAAAAAGAGUGGACUAGAAGUCAAUCUUUCUGUAAAGGGCCUUAACUGUACAGAACAGAUUGACAUGCCCAAGGUCUGGACAGUAUCGAAGCUGCCUAUUUCAGGCGAAUUAAUUCCAGACCAGAGGGAUAUCCAGAAAUGGAAUCACUUGAAGGGAAUUGAAUUCCCGCGAAUCCAAGAGAGGGACAUCAAGCUACUAAUUGGUGGAGAUAUUCCAGAGGCCUUUUGGGUCUUGGAACAACGAAGAGGGAAUAAGAAGGAACCUUUUGCUAUACUAUCUCCAUUAGGAUGGACUUUGAUGGGCCCAACCCGCCAAGGGCAUAACCACUCCGAUGAGUUCAAUGUCAACUUUACGCAAGUUGAAUCUGUUGACCUUCAUCAACAGUUAAGUAGAUUCUGGCAGCUUGAUCAUCAGGUAGGUAAGGGUACUGAAGAAAGGCUUGGGUUAUCGGUUGAAGACAAGAGAGCAAAGGCCAUCAUGGAAGGUUCCAUACAGCUUGUCGACAACCAUUACGAGCUGGGCCUCCCAUGGAGACACGAUCGACCAUAUCUACCUGACAAUCUUCCCUCUGCACAGGCAAGACUAAAAUACCUGAAGAAACGCUUCUUCAAGGAUGAUGCCCUCUUCGAGAAGUAUAAGUCAACUGUGCAGGGAUACAUUGAGAAAGGGUAUGCAGAGGAAGUGAACCAUGAAGAAGUUCCAAAUGAGGAAGAAUCAUGGUAUCUUCCCCAUCACCCUGUUGUUCAUCCUCGUAAACCUGAGAAGGUAAGAGUUGUUUACGAUUGUGCAGCUAAAUACAAAGGGACAUCCCUCAAUGACCAACUCCUGCGUGGCCCUGACCUAACUAACAGUAUUGUCGGAGUCCUGACAAGGUUCCGACAAGAACGUGUUGCAGUGGUUGGUGAUAUUGAGGCCAUGUUUCACCAAGUUAAAGUCCCUGAGAAAGACCGUCAUGCUCUGCGUUUCUUAUGGUGGAAGGAUGGUGACCUGACAGCACAUCCAACCUCCUAUCAAAUGACUGUGCACUUGUUUGGAGCCACAUCUUCACCAAGCUGUGCCGCAUUUGCUCUAAGAAAGACAGCGGAGGACAAUGAGAAGGACUUCAGCAAGGAAGCAGUCAAUACAGUCCGAGAAAACUUCUAUGUGGAUGACUGUUUGAAGUCUGUGCCGACAAAGGACGAUGCUGUCAAAAUUGUACAGGAGCUAUGUGACUUGUUGAAGAAAGGUGGUUUCCGCUUGACAAAGUGGGUAAGUAAUGAUCGGGAUGCAUUGUCCUCGAUACCAGAGGCUGAGAGAGCUCCUUCGGUCAUUGACUUGGACCUGGAUGGACUUCCGAUAGAACGUACUCUGGGCGUUCUUUGGGAUGUGUCCAAUGACCACUUUGGAUUCAAAGUCAGCAUCAAGGAGAAACCCCCAUCAAGGAGGGGAAUAUUAUCCAUGAUCAGCUCCCUGUAUGACCCUUUGGGUUUUGUAGCACCAUUUGUUCUUCCAGCAAAGAUGCUACUCCAGUCAAUAUGCCGGAGAGGAGCAGACUGGGACCAACUUGUGGAAGGAGAAGAUCUUCAAAAAUGGAGAAAAUGGCUUGAUGAUCUUCCACAUCUCUCGGACAUUGCUAUUCAGCGAUGUCUUAAGCCCGUGACCUUUGGCGAAGUGGCAUCACGACAGCUCCACCACUUCUGUGAUGCAUCAGAACGUGGUUAUUCGGCUGUGUCCUAUCUUCGUCAGGUAAGUGAAGGUGGCAAGGUACAUUGCUCCUUCAUUAUGGGAAAGUCUCGACUUUGUCCACUCAAGGCAACGUCGAUACCACGUCUGGAGUUAACAGCAGCUGUUCUAGCUGUUAGCCUGGACCAACAAAUCCAGGAUGAAUUGCGGCUCCCUGUGACAUCAACCACAUUUUGGACUGAUUCAACAUCCGUACUUCAGUACAUCAUGAACGAAAGUAGAAGAUUUCAGACAUUUGUGGCUAAUAGGGUUGCCAAAAUUCAUGAAGCAACAGACAAGUCUCAAUGGAGACAUGUAGACACCAAGCUAAACCCUGCAGACGAAGGAUCAAGAGGGUUGUCUGGUAGAGACAUGGCGAGUGAUCCUCGGUGGUUAAAUGGGCCUGAUUUUCUCUGGGAGGAGGAAAGCAGCUGGCCAACCCAACCUUCCGUCUUGCAGAAUGUUUCCGACGAUGACCCAGAGAUUAAGAAGACUGCUCAAGUCAACCUAUCUUCUGUGGAGAAGGAUGUAGGAAUAAACAACAUGCUUCAAAGAUAUUCCUCUUGGAAUAAACUGAAAAGAGGAGUAGCAUGGCUACUGAGGUACAAGGGAUACCUCCGAGCGAAGACCACAGGACAAGUCGCAGGUGAUUCUAAGAAGAACAUGUCACUUAAUGAAUUGCAGUGUGCAGAGUUAGAAAUCCUUAGACUUGUCCAGGAACAAGAAUUGCACGACAAAGAUCAACGGAUCAUCAACAAACUCAAUCCAGUAUUAAAGGACGGCAUUCUACGAGUCGGGGGACGUAUUAGCAACGCCCCCAUUGACUUUGAAGCGAAGCACCCCAUAAUUUUACCCAGCAGUCACCAUGUCACAACACUCCUGAUAUUACACUACCACUUAAUAGUAGGUCAUUCAGGAGCAGGAUUGACUUGGUCUUCCUUGAGGGAGAAGUACUGGAUAAUAAAGGGAGGGGCUACUGUGCGCAAAGUCAUUGGGAAGUGCUUCGACUGCCGUAAGCGGAAUGCCCCAAGACUACAACAAAUGAUGUCGGAAUUACCGGCUGAAAGGGUGACGCCCGAGAAACCACCCUUUACAUAUGUAGGAGUGGACUAUUUUGGACCACUGUAUGUAAAACAAGGGCGUAGCCAAGUCAAACGCUAUGGAUGCAUCUUUACUUGUCUGACGAUAAGAGCAGUACAUAUUGAGAUAGCUAGGUCUCUUGACACAGAUGCAUUCAUUAACGCGCUGAGGAGAUUUAUCAGCAGGAGAGGAACCCCUGAAAAGAUCUUCAGUGAUAAUGGAACAAACUUCCGUGGGGCUGAGAAAGAACUUCGGGAAAAUCUUGAGAAGGUAAACCAGCGAGAAGUAGAAAACAUCCUCCAUCAGAAGGGGAUCGAGUGGUCAUUCAAUCCACCGACGGCUAGCCACAUGGGAGGUGUCUGGGAGCGAAUGAUCAGAUCGACCCGCAAGAUCCUUAAAGGCCUUCUUAAUGAACAAGUUGUUUCCGACGAAGUUCUUUCCACAGCCAUGGCGGAAGUGGAAGCCAUAUUGAACGCUCGGCCACUAACCCAACUGAGCAUGGAUGCUCAUGAUCAAGAGCCGCUCACACCGAAUCAUCUCUUGCUCAUGAAAAGGAGCCCAAACUUGCCUCCAGGUUUAUUUGGGAAAGAAGAUUCGUAUGGGCGGAGACGAUGGCGCCAAUCGCAGUACCUCGCUUCUGUCUUUUGGAAGCGUUGGUGCAGGGAGUACUUGCCCCUUCUUCAAGAGAGACAAAAAUGGACCAAACCUCACAGGAAUCUUGAAAAGGACGAUCUCGUGUUGGUUGUUGAUGAAACCUUACCGCGUGGGCAAUGGUCAUUAGGAAGGGUGGUAGAUGUAUUCCCGGGUAGAGAUGGCAGAGUUAGACAGGUAGAGGUCAGAGUUGGCCACAAGUAUUUUAGGAGACCAGUCGUAAAACUGUGUUUACUAGAAGCUAAUACAAGUGCUUAAAUCGUUACAAUUUACAUGUGAUCUUUGUCAUGUAUAUUUUUAAUUUUGUUUCAUUUCGUGCUUCAUUACUGUAUGUAAUAAUGCCAUGAUGGUUACCAUUCAUAGCUGAAUGAUAGACAUGUUGAUUGUUUAUAUCAUCAAGUCAUUUGGUCAGAGAUGCCAUAAAAAUGCCUCAUAUUGAUAUUUUGUCACGAUGAUUUAAUUUUCCUUUGAUAUUCCAUGUUUCACUUGGAAACGUUUCUUUAUUAUGUGACCGAUAAUGGCUCAUUGUGUUUAUUCAUAUUAUUUGUUGUAUAAUGUUAUGUAAGUCUCAGUCAUAUGAAUCUGAAGUGUUUAUGUUAUUUUUAAUGUUCAAUUCGUUUAUGAUGACAUGUAUUAUUCCGCUAGCUGAUAGUUUGAAUGAUCUAAUAGAUGGGUUAGCUCAUUGGGGCCGGAAUGUAGCGGCAUAAACCACAAGUGGGCUGAAAGUGAAGACUAUAUAUUUAACCUUCAUUAAUUCAUGUUCUGUUUCCCAAAUAAGGUAAAGUCAUUGCCAGUUGGUCACUGGGUAUGUUUUCUGGCCUAGUAACAAGGUUGUUUAUGAUAAUGUCAAUUCUGGUUGGUCAGCCACACCCUGGUCAGACCAAGGGUGCAGCAUAGUAACAAUGAACCCAUUGGUCAAGACUUAGGCUGAUAUGCAAAUUAGCCUAAGCAUCUCAGAAGGGUGAUAAGCCCUUUGCAUCUUCCACCUCAGAAGGAAGAAAAGUUUCAUUGCAACAAGUUGUGCCGUUAUACAUUCGAUCAAAAGUUACUGAUAUUGUGAAACCAGGAGGUCAAACAAUUGGUAAGUUCUCAUAUCUGAUAUAUAGAAUAUUGUUAUGUUUACUAUAUUAAUAUUAUACAAGUUAUGUCAAGUUUGUACUGUAUAUAUAUAUUUCAAGUUUCAGAGGGAUAAGUUUAUCUUUGUACUGAGUCUCUCACUCUCUCUUUCUCUUUCUCUCUCUCUCUCUCUCUCUCUACCUCUCAUUCUUUCUUUGCUACGUCAUACCAGAAGUUGUAUAUGAAGUUUAUUGUUGAGAAUAUUUCAGUGGGUAACAAGUAAUAUUUGAGUAUUCAUUUAUGUAUUUUUGGCACUACACUGGUUAGAAGUAUACUGUAUGGAAGAAGAGGGUAUGUGUAAUCCUCACUGAGAGUAUACAAGCUGUACAGCUAAUAAGCAAACAAAGGUGCUUUGUUGAGUGAUGGUUUCAAUGCCACUGUUACUGAGAGUUAUUAAUGUGUAUAGGCCCAUGGUCAAUGCUAUCCCAAAGGAGAUAGUCUUGUUUAUGGCACAGCUUGAGUAGAGGUGUUCAGACGGGUUAUUAGUUAUACAGAAUUAAGUUUAUUCUUUUAGCAUUAGUUAUGAUUUAUUGCUAUUGACUUUCAUGUUAUUAUGUAUAUAUCUAUACCUUCUGUUUUUUACUAGUUUUAUUAUAACAAUUAGAUGAAUACCGACAUGGUUAUAAGAUGAUAAUAAUCUCUUUAUCCAUCAGAAUAUUAUGAUCAUUCUUUCAUGUAAAUUUCUCUAUGUUGACGACAUACUAAUUUACAAUUACACUUUCAUUUUUAUUGCAGCGAACCACCAAUUGCUCGCUCACUCACGUUUGUCAAUCACUUCAAGUUAUUUAUCGUUCUGUUCUACUUCGCCAUUUUUUAUGUUUCAUCGAUCAUUUAAUUUCGCGUUGUGUGAACACGCCGUUAUUUCGUCCGCCAAGUUUACUGUUAUUAUUAAAUGGAUGUCUUAACCUA